AUGGAGAGGGUUUGUGAGAACACGGUGUCUGUUGAGCUCAAGCAAACUAAGCCGAACAACUUCAUCCCGUUCAUCCGGUCAAGGGAGUGGUCUGAUAUUGGAGGUCGCGAUUACAUGGAAGAUGCCCAUGUGUGCAUCUCUGAUCUGGCGAAGAAUUUUGGCUCUAACUCAGCGGAUGAUGAAGUCAUCUCCUUCUACGGGAUUUCCAGCACUCAUUCUGUAGUUAUUGAUGGUAUUCAUGUUCACUGUCAGGAAGAGGAACUGAAAAGGGGUGAGCUGGAGGCUGACAAAGACAAAAUGAUGAGAGAGUAUAGAGCUCAACUGGAUGCUGAAAGACCUCAAAAGCUAGCAAACGGAAGAAAUCACUCAAGGUCAAACUCAAAAUCAUCAUCUUCCAAGAAAGAGAGGAAGGAUAAGGACGCAAAGAAAAGAAGUAAAAAUAGGAGAAAGCACAAAAGUUCAUCAGAGUCAAGUUCCAGCUCAUCUUCAGAAUCUUCAAGCAGCGACGAUGAGGAUAGGGGUUCAAGGAAGUCAAGAUCACAGUCGAGAUCAAAGAGAACAAGGAAGGAAAAGAAGAGCCUGUCAAGGUCCAAGCGCAGAGGCGGUGAAAGCGAGGAGGAAGGCCCAGUACGCCUAUCUAAAUUCUUCGGGAAGUAAGGAGUAGACGCUGCUGUACCCAAGACGCCUUUUUCAUUUUGAAACGUAGAUUGGUGGGUUUGGAUGUAUCAUUCAACACAAAUUACUUCUGAAGGUUGAGCGAGCCGUUUACCAUGGUGUUCUCAAUAUGAUGCUCAGCUGUUAAGAGGGUCUGGUCAA